GAGCCCCAGCCCCGGUGCCUCCUCCCAGCUCCUUCCCUCAGCAAAGCAACAGCCGCGGCGGCCGCGACAGCCAAUCAGCGGGCGCCUCGCGCGCACCGUGCCUCCUCAGCCUCCGCUGCAUUCCCUGCCUGGGUCACCGGCUCCGGGACCGUGAAGAGGCCGCCAUGUCCCCGCAGUGCCCCGGUCACACAGUUGCAAACACAUAAAAGGCCUAUCUCCUGAGCGAUGGAAUCCAUCACCAUGAUGGGAAGUCCCAAGAACGUGAACGAGUCCUUCCUACCAAAUGGAACAAAUGGCAUAAAGGAAGACAAAACCACCAUAGGGAUCCUGGGAAGUGGAGACUUUGCCAAGUCAUUGACCAUACGGCUUAUAAGAUGCGGCUAUCACGUGGUUAUCGGAAGCCGAGAGCCCAAGUGCGCUGCCGACUUCUUCCCUCACGUGGUAGACGUGACUCACCACGAAGACGCCAUUUUGAAAGCAAACAUUAUAUUUGUAGCAAUACACCGAGAACAUUACUCAUCCUUGUGGGACCUGAAGCAUUUGCUCAGUGGGAAAAUCCUGGUGGACGUCAGCAAUAACAUGAGAGUGGAUCAGUACCCCGAGUCCAAUGCUGAGUAUUUGUCGUCACUCCUCCCUGACUGCUACGUGGUCAAAGGAUUCAAUGUGGUUUCUGCAUGGACUCUGCAGUUAGGCCCGAAAGACGCCAGCAGCCAAGUCUAUAUUUGCAGCAAUAACGUCCAGGCUCGGCAUCACGUUAUCGAACUCGCUCGCCAGAUGAAUUUCAUCCCAAUUGACAUGGGGGCGUUAUCGUCAUCCAGAGAGAUCGAGAACCUGCCUCUGCGCCUCUUCACCCCCUGGAAGGGCCCGGUGGUCAUCGCCAUCAGCCUGGCUACUUUCUUCUUCGUCUAUUCUUUCAUCCGAGACAUUAUUCAUCCGUACUUUAAAAACCAGCAGAGUGACUUCUACAAGAUCCCCAUCGAGAUCGUCAAUAAGACUUUGCCUGUGGUCGCCAUCACUCUGCUGUCCUUGGUGUACCUGGCCGGGCUCCUGGCGGCCGCUCACCAGCUGUACUAUGGCACAAAGUAUAGACGGUUCCCCCCCUGGCUGGAGAAUUGGCUCCAGUGUAGAAAACAGCUGGGUCUCCUCAGCUUCUUCUUUGCGGUCGUGCAUGUUGUGUACAGCAUGUGCCUGCCCAUGAGGAGGUCGGAGCGCUACUCCUUCCUCAAUACGGCGUAUCAGCAGGUUCACGGUAAUGUGGGGAACUCCUGGAAUGAAGAAGAAGUGUGGAGAGUGGAAAUGUAUAUCUCCUUUGGUAUAAUGAGCCUGGGCCUCCUCUCCUUGCUGGCCGUCACCUCCAUCCCGUCUGUCAAUAGUGCCUUAAACUGGCGGGAGUUCAGCUUCAUUCAGUCCACUCUUGGAUACGUCGCCUUGUUGAUCAGCAUCUUCCAUGUUUUGAUAUACGGCUGGAAGAGGGCCUUCGAAGAAGAGUAUUACCGCUUUUACACCCCUCCAAACUUUGUCUUAGCGCUAAUCCUGCCCACAAUAGUAAUCCUUGGAAAGAUCGUGUUACUCUGCCCGUGCGUCAGCAAAAAGUUACGACGGAUUAAAAGAGGCUGGGAGAAGAGUCACUUCAAGGUGAAUCCGAGCAGCACCGCGGCACACAUAUCUCCUGAGAGAGUGACGGUGAUGUGACGAGACACGUACUUCUUAUACCGUCAGCCAGCAGGGGGCAUAAAGAUAGUAGGAAAUAAUGCAGCAGACAUUGCUACUGUUCCCUCAUUUUUGUAUUCAUCCAUACCAGCUAUAGUUAAAGGGAGGCUGUCAGCAGUUUUGACCAUGUUCAAUAGCUGACAGAGGAGAGCAGGGCAAACAGAACUUUUGCGAAGCAUUUAUGACAAGGGGUAGUGUAAAUAUGAAGUUUUCUGCUCCUGCAAGUGUGGAGGGGGUGGAGCUUUACAGCCCCUCCCCUCUGCUGUGAGUGACAGCUGUAGCAUCCAAACAGGAGACCAGUCUAUCUGUCAUCCAGCAGAGGGGAGGAGCAGUGAAAGAGCUCAAUGCAGAGAGCGCUUCACAGUGAAACUCCUAGAGACUUGUAGGAGCAGAAUCUGGCAGAAUAAAAUGUAAUAUUCCCCCUACUCCUGAUGAGAAAAGCUCCGCAAAAGGCAUAUUUGUCCUGCUUCCCCCACCACUACCUAGUGCUGCCAGCAGUUUAGCAUAGUCAGAACUGCUGACAGAAUCCAUUUAAAGAGUUCCUCAUGUAUUGGAAGCAGUGAUUUCAUGUGAUCCAUUAAUGUACAGAUGUAGCAGAGCUGAAUAUUUAAAUGAUUGGAGCUACUUAGGACCCAUUGUGAGAGGGGGCCCAGCACUGAACUGCUACUUCUAAUUACCAACUUGCUUAUACCGUUUUUGCAGCCACUAGGGGGAGCUUACUGCAAAGACAUUGUACAGGUCUCAUUUAGGUGGCGACAUGUGGCCCAACAUGAAGAUUGCGAUGUUGCACUGCGGCAAUGGGGUCGCAGUGUGACACACGACAUGCAGGGACUGAGACACAGCAAUUGCAAAAAAAAAUUCAACACAGUUCGAAUUUUCAUUGCAAGUCUCAUGUGACUCUCAUAGACCAAAGGGCAAGUUGCAUACGACUGCGAAUCGCCUGCAACUUUUCUACAGAUAGGCUGUCUAUUUUACAACCGAGUCACAGCUCUAAAAUAGUCGCAUGGCAGCAAGUUGUAGACAAGUCGGCCAAAUGUUUUUGGUUGCGUGACUUUUCAGAGAUAAAGAUUCAAUACAAGCAAAACAAAUUCAUAUGCGUUGAGCUCCCCCUAGUGGCGCCUGUGGCCAACAAGAGAUUCAUCACUGAAAGGGGUUGUCAUGAAGACAACUUUUGUCCAUAUGGCCUAUUAGGGCAUAUGGACAUCAUAGAGACCUCAUGUGACCCUUUUCUAUGGGCCAGAAUGGAGAAUCCAGCUGUACAAGCAGCUCCAAUUCUGGUGGACUCGAGAUGUCCUUGUGUUACAACGGGGCUCACCAUCUAAGUUCCCUAUCAGUAUGUCUAUGGAGUGUGGGAGGAAACCGGAGAACCCGAGAGAAACCCACGCAAACACGGGGAGAACAUACAAACUCUGUGCACAUGUUGUCCUUGGUCAGAUUUGAAUCCAGGUCUGUAGCGCUGUAGUGCUAACCACUGAGCCGCCGUGCUGUCCUCUAAAUGGCUACCGAGCAAUCUUACAUUUCCCCUGCAGAAAUGCCAGGUGAACCCGACAGUGGUCGGCUGAUCACCCCUGGGGGGGCUGCAAUGUGUCCCUGAUGAGACAGCCCCUUUAAUUCUAGGACUGUGUGAGGGAGUUAGGUCAUUUGGAGCUCUAUGUCUGAAAAUCAGACCUGUAACCCUAUAAAGAUGUUAGAAAAUCACAGUGGACCUUAAUAUGAAUAGAACGGUCGUACAUUUGCUGGAGCUGGUGGGUUGGGCCCAUUCUGAGUUGUUUUAUGUGUGUGGUCAUGAGCCCUUAGGAUUAUUCCACUGCUGUUGACUGACCCACAUGGCGGGUUGCUAACUGGGGCCAUAUAUUGGGAUGUUCAUCAUGCAUAAAGCAUAAGUAAAGCCUCAGACAGUGGAAGGCGGCUGGUAUAGCUUUGUAUUAGCUACACGUUCAUGCCUCAUCGAUGAAGGCAUCUGGGUAACUCAGCUCUGCUACAUCUGGUAUUUUGCCAACGUAUAGACUGUGUCCUCUUUAAUUGUGGUUCAUGGCCCCCACGGUGAUGUUACUAGUGCAAUAUUAGAUUCAGAUUCCUGAUGCAUCCUCUAUAGGAAUGAAUGGGAAAGGUCCGCUACUAGUAAGGUACAGUAUUCUGUAUGUAUGUAUGUACUUUUUAAUUCAUUUCUAUGGAGUUGUUCUAGACCAGAGGCCUAAACCCAUAGGAUCACUGCCUCCUUUGUAUAUAAGAAACGGCCCAGUCUUUAGUCCCAGCUUAAAAUGUAGAAAUACCCAGUGCGUUCCGUCAACUGUGCGCACAGAAAAUGUGUCUGAUAUAGAUUUGCAACACUGGACAAAAAGAACGUGCAGUGGAGCCCUCUGGUGGCAGCGCCGAUACUGUACCUUUGCAUCUGCAGUUCUAAAGCCAAGAUGUCAUCAUCCGCGUAUUACCACAGUCCUGUGUAGUAUAGAGUUUCCAUAACGGCGUCAUCAUGUGGCAAUAACAUUUUAACAGAUCACCCCCCCCCACCCACCCACCCACUUCCCAAAAUAAAAAAUGCACUCGUAAAUAUGGAUCCCAGUCGUCCUAUUCCAUGAAAUUGGAAAUGUUCAGCCCUUUUUUAGUUAUAUCUAUUAGGAUGCAUUUACGCAAGAUGUUUUAUGACCAUGCGGGCAAAAAACAUAUGGUAACUCUUUCCUGUUAUUUUAAUAAACAGAGGUGCGUCUUAUAGGCCAAAAAAUACGGUACAUGAAAAGAGGCGAUUCGCCUAUACAAGUCACACGGGCGAAAACCGCAUUGAAAAACUGCGGAAAUUCACAAGAGGCCAGACAGGGAAACCUGUGCAGGGCGUCCCUCUCCAGAGAUUGGACCCGUGGGUUAUUGGAAGAAAACAGGGGGUGGCCAACAAGCACCACGUCCUCCGCUCCCAGGUGGUGUGGGUGUAGAAGCACUAGAAGGAGACCCCCGACCUCUGCGUAUAUCCAGAAAUUUGCCAGAAGAUAAGAAUUGGAGGACUCUCCACUAUAUUUAAUGGUGAUUUUUUUAUUUUAUUUUUUGGGGGGGGGGGAUAUUCAGGACUUUUCUGUGUUUUCGUGCAGUGUUAAACCUCUUAUAUGGUGUUACAGGGAUUUCAGUAUCAAAGUGUACAGUGUUUUGUAUUUGCAGUAAUUCAUCGGAACAUCCGCUUUCUAGUGACGUUGGGUUUUUCAUUUUUAUAAGAAAUUUAAAUCUCUCUUAGGAAAAGUAAUGUAAAAUGCAGACCAUGAGCUAAAAAAUGGUAGAGGGGUUUUUACCACCAUAGACAUUUACAGUAUAUUCACAGGAUUUGCCGCACUUUUUAGGUUAGAGUGGAGCUCAACUGCUAAGGCUGUGUUCACAUCAUGUUUUUGUCCCAUGUUUAACGUAUACAUAUGACCAGCCCCUAAGGGUGCCACUUGUCCGGAGAAAUCGGGGUCCCUUGACCAGAGGUUGGUGUCACCCCAGGUCCUGGAGUCUAAGGUGGCUCAUAAGGUCCGUUUUCCCAGACCAGUAAUUUGAAAGUCGUUGGCAGUUGAUAGUCCUGUUACAGAUUUUGGAUUGUAGCCCAAUUAAAGGGUUAUUUCCGAGUUUAAAAAUUGGUCCAAAAAGGGGAAUGGCAUAAAAUAACAAAGUACCUAUUAGUCACCUGAUAAAUCCCCUAGCGUUCCAGCACCACCCGCUAUGCAGCUCCUCGCUCCCCUUUGUUAAAGUAGCUGCAGGGAUGGCAUACCGAAAUACUGACCUGACCGCUGCAGCCAAUCAUUGGUAUGAAAGUCAGCGAUUGGCUGCAGCGAUCACAUGGGUAUGCAAACUUGUCAUCUUUGCGGUCAAGCAAAAAAAGACCGGGACCACCAGAGCAUUAGUGCUUGAAUAGCGGGGAAUUUAUCAGAGGAGUAAUAGGUCAUUUUACAUCAUUUCUCCGCCUCCUUUCCAACAUUUUUUUUUCAACUUGGAAGCCCCCUUUAAGCCUCUGUCCUUGGUGCUAUCUUUCACAUCUAGACAGUGAAUGGCCAGAUAGCUACUGUAUGUGUAUCUGCAGCAGUCUCCAUUUAAGUCUAUGGGAGUUAUGGAAACAACUGAGCAAGCUUGGCCUGACUGUCUCCAUAACUCCCAUAGACUUGAAUGCAGAGCGCCCCACCUCGGCUGCAGUCUCCUCUCAGGCGACGGAACACCCGAUAAAUGUCUAUGGUAGGGGAACCCCUUGUGUCCCGUUGCACCAUCACAUGGAUAUUCAUUCUGCACGUGUGCCAAUACAUACUGUUACAGUAGUUCAUAUAGAUGUAGAGAAAUGUAGGCAUCAGGCGCAGGCCGACCUUCUCCUGUUUGUAUUGAUUUCCUUAAUAAAACAAUAAUUUGUG